AUGUACAAAGUGUUACGUUCGUAUUCCAAAAAGGCGGAACGUAAGCAUGAAUUAACUCGUUCAACUGGUAACACAGUCGACAAAGUUAACGGUUAUUCGGCAACUGAUGGUUCAUCUCCAAUCUAUAGUGUAUCACCAUCAUAUGGAGUAAGUGGUGGUACAAUUGUGGAAGAUGUACGUAAUGGUCAAGUUGUUCCAAUAGAUAGAAAUGGACGAUUUGAAACAGCAUGGCCUAGUGGACAGGCAUUCUCGGAGAGUUCUUCCUAUGAGGCACGAGAACAUUUUGAGCAUAAAGUUCAGCGUGUUAAGAAAACACGCGGUGAACGAGAUAGUAAUCGGAAAUCGAAGAAGAGCAGAGUGUCAGAAGUACUGUCCAGUACAGAUGGUGUUUCAGCACGAGAUGCUCUAUUGCAAUGGGCACAAGAUGUUACACGCGGAUAUCCCGGUGUUAAUAUUCGCAACUUUACCAGCAGUUGGAGAGAUGGUUUAGCCUUCAAUGCUAUCUUGCAUCGUUAUCGACCAAAUCUUAUACAGUGGAGUAAAAUAAUUGGCGAAAGUGUAUCAGCUCGUGAUCGUCUGAACAAUGCAUUUGCAGCAGCUGAGAGUGAAUUUGGUGUUUCUAGACUAUUGGAUGCAGAAGAUGUUGACGUAGAUGUGCCGGAUGAGAAGAGUAUCAUCACUUACGUCUCUUCACUCUACAACGCUUUACCACAUACUAGUGAAUUGAGCAAAUACGAGGAUGUGAUGCAUGAAUAUGAACGUGAAGCAGCGGAAUGGUUACAGUGGGUACAGCGAGCCACACGUCUAAUGGAUGAUCGUCAGCUACCAACAAAUUUGGGAGAGUUACGACGAUUGGAACAUGACUUGGAACGAUUCAAAUCUGAAGAUUUACCACCAAAAGCGCGUGAAAAACAACGUUUAGCAGAUCAUUACGCUGAACUUCAUCAACUUUUCGAACGUACCGAACAUUUGCAUAUUCCUGCAGAGUUAAGCACACAAAGUCUGGAUCGAUCUUGGCAGCGACUACUUCGAUCACUCAACGAACGAUUCAGUUUGAUCGAAGAACAAGCUGGAGUUCAGGGUUCAACAACUGAUAUUAUUAGUCGUUUGGCGCGUGGUAUUGGCAUAACGAAUGAAAAGUUGGAUCAUAUUUUGAAUAGAAUUGAAGAUGCGGAAUCACGAAUUGAUACAUUACGACCAGCAGAUUUGCAACGUCUCAUUGAUGGAAUUAUUGAUGAUCUUAUAGCACUGGAAGGACCGAUUACUGGAUUUUUUGAAGAUGUAGAUCAGCUUAAACGUUUACGUCAUCCGGAAUCGAAUGAUUAUUAUCAACAGGUAUAUGGAUUAGAACAACGCCGCCAGGCUUACCUGUCAAGAUUACGGACACAAUUUGUGACACGUCUUGGUAUUCGAACGGAACAACUGUUGCGGGAGAACGAGCAACGACGUGAAUCAAUACGUCGUACAACGUAUGGUCGCGUAGAAGAUUGCGUGCAAUGGAUUCGUUCACGUCUGAAGAAGUUAUCGGAGAUGGAAUUUGUCGAGGAUUUGGAGCAGUUGGAGAGAAUGUUUGAAGAACACAAAGUUGACAACCACGAAAUACAGGACUUUCGUCAGAGUGUUGACGAAUGUAUCGCUAGACAGGCAGAGAUAUCUGCGGAAGAUACUCAUGAAUACUGCGAAUUGCUCAGUAUAUUGGAAAGCGAAUAUCAGCAGUUGCGGGAUUUAUCAGCCGGGCGUAUGCUUGAUUUGGAUACUUUGAUUGCAUUUAUUCGUGGAGCACAGCACGAAAUUGUAUGGAUUAAUGAAAGGGAAGAUAUUGAAGUUUCUCGAAAUUGGUCCGAUAUCAAACAGCUUGAUGUACCGAUGCUACAGAAUUAUUACAAACAGCUUCUUCAUGAAAUCGAACUUCGAGAGCCACGUUUCAACGAUGUGCACAACAAAGGCGCAGCUCUGCUAAAUCAAGGUCAUCCAGCGAUCCACGUAAUUGAAUUUUAUCUGAAUGCAAUGCAGCGGAAGUGGGAUUGGUUGCUAGCACUGUCGAAAUGUCUUGAACAACACCUGCGCGAUGCGCUCAAUCUUAAUGUGUUCAUGGAAGAUGCAAGUGCUGCAGAGGAAUGGAUGAUUAAGCAAUCUGAAAUGUUGGGAAGGAAAUACAAUAGAAAUGAAUUUUCAUUGGAAGAGGGCGAACAAAUGUUGCGUGAGUUGGCUGAAAUCAAUGAACUGAUCAAAAAAUAUCAUAGUAUUCUGAUGACACUUACCGAACGAAGUUCCCAAAUUUCACCCCUUUGGCAACGUGGUGAGCGAAUUCACAGACCAAUUCCGGUUGUCGCUUUAGCUGAUUACAUCGAUAAAGAUAUUACAAUUAGAGAAGGCGAUGAAUGUAUCUUAAUCGACAAUUCGGAUCUGAUACACUGGAAUAUUCGUGGACCAGGUGGUGCAGAAGUUUUGGUACCAUCUGUGGUUUUUCGUAUUUUACCACCAGAUGCUCGCAUUACCACAUACCUUAAUCGAUUACAUACAAGUCUGGAAAAGUUACGCCGUCUUUGGGGACAUAAACAUCGAAUGGUACGAUACAAUAUGGUGCUAAAUACAAUGGCUCAGAUACGUAGUUGGGAUUUGAACACUUUUGCUGCAAUGACUCCAGAGGAAAGAGAUGCAAUCAUCAAAGCUUUGAAUGAUGAUGCUAACAAACUGAUUUCCGAAUUGGAACCGAAUGAUCCAUUAGCAAUGCGACUUAAAGAAGAACUGAAAUUAACUAAUGAGCAUUUCUACGAUCUUCUAAAUCAAAUGAAUCGUCCCAAGGAACCCGAAGUUGGAGCUCAGUUUGAUGCGAAAAUUGCGGAGUUGCUUAAUAAACUUGAUGAAGCAUAUCGGAAUCUGAAUGAUCGGGUUAUGCAGAAUAUUCCAAGAUCACGAGAGGAGCUUGAAAGACUGACCAUUGCACAUAAGGAUUUCGAAGAUGGAUUGCAAGCAUUCGACGUUGAUGUAUCAACUGUUAAUGAGCUGUUUCGACAAAUUCCUGAACCAACACCAUCACAACGAGCUAAUUUCGAUCGUCUAAGUGGCCGUUGGGAAGAUUUGUGGGAGCUGUCAAGAAUGUAUGUUGAACGAUUAAAGUCGUUGGAAGCUGUGUUAAAUGGACUCGUCGAGGUAACUGAUAUUGUACGACAGCAUGAAAUUAUGCUCAAUUCAUUUGAUGAUAUGCCAGCCUCUUUGGAUAAGCUGCGAGGCGUUCAUUCGCAAUUGCUUGAAUUGAAUAUGGUACUGCAACAACAACAGACAAUCGUUGAUGCUCUCAAUCGUAAUAUUGCCCUACUACGUCAGCACGUUUCACGAACUCGCCAAUCACCAAAUCAUCCAGAUGUCGAUCGACUAGAAGACGAGGUGCAAAUAUCGACCGUUCGAUGGGAAAAUGUUUGUUCGCAGGUCGUUGAUCGCUUAAAAAUUGCUGAACAUGCUUUGCAAACACAAAUGGUUUACCGUACCGAAUAUGAUAAUGAAAUCAGAUGGCUUGAUAACGUCGAAGCGACCAUUAAUAGUUUACGCAAACCUGAAGAACUUCGGCCAGAGCAGUACCAACAACAAUUGGACCAACUUAUUGCCGAAUAUUCUCAGUUACAGGAACGUACUGAGGCAGUAGAAAAUGUGAACCGUGAAGGAGGAAAAUUCAUUCGUGAAGCGAAGGGUUAUGAUAAUCGUUUGGUGCAGUACAUGGAAAAUAUCAUCAAUAUUCACGGUCCCGAUAUCCGUAAUAGCUUCCGUCGUUCGAUACCGCAACCGAAAAAUGGAGUCCAACAAGUAACGGAAGAAUUAGAACAUCUAAAUAGGCGAUUUGCGCAGCUGAGCUCACUAAUACUUGAACGCCGCAAUAUAAUGCAAGUACUAAUUCAGAAUUGGAAGCGAAAAAAACAGGAAGAAGACGAACGAAGACGAAUUGAAGAGGAGGAAAAACGUCGGCAAUUUGAAGCAGCUCGGUUGAAAGCAUUGGAGGAUGCUGAUCGCCUCCGGAAGCAACGUAAAGCUGCUGAAGAUGCACAUCGAGCAGCUGAAGAAGCUGAUCGUUUACGUCGUGAACACGAAGCUGCAGAAGAUGCACGUAGAAGGGCGGAAGAUGCUAGACGUAGAGCUGCAGAAGAUGCAGCUAGACGUAGAGCCAUAGAAGAUGCAGCUAGACGAAAAGCAGAAGAGGAUGCGGAACAGGAAAUGAAAAGAAAAGAUGAAGAGCGUCGUCGUCGAGAAGACGAAGAGCGUCGUCGUCAAGAAAAUGAGCGUCGUCUUCGAGAAGAUGAAGCAAAAAGGGAACGUGAAAGGAAACGAUUAGAUGAUGAACGUCGGCGAGCGGAAGAAGACCGUCGUCAGCAGGAAGAAAAUGAGCGGCGUUCACAUGAGAAACAACGACCAAAAAUGCCUAACCUGAGUCAUGGCAUGCAACAAGCAAUUGUAUCCGAAGGUGGUGAGCUGGAAGAAUUUGAAGAGAGUCAAAAUGUUCCGGAGAGAGCAACAAUAGCCGAACAUGAAGAUGAAAUGCAAAUGUAUCAAGAAGAAACAAUUACUAAAACUCAAUUUUAUGAAAUGGAAGGUAUUUUGCACAAGCAAACGGGCGAAAUUUUGACUUUUGUUGAGGCGAUACGCCAAGGAUUACUAGAUUUGCAUUCUGGUGGAGGGGAAUUCUACGAUAUUGUUUCGGGUGCUAGAAUUAGCCUAGAGAAAGCUGCGGAAUUAGGAUACAUUGAUGGUGGUUUCCAUGAAGUGCUUAACACUCAUUAUGGUGUACGUCAUCCAGAAACCGGUGAAAGUUUAUCUCUAUUAGAAGCUAUCCAGAUUGGUUUGUAUGAUCCAGAUGUUCGUCAAUUGCGAGACAUUGAAACAGGUGAUAUCCUGCCAAUGUACGAUUGUAUUUCUCGAGGAAUCAUAACACUUGAUACACAACAUCGAUUGGUUAAAAUGGGCAUAUUAAAACUGCCACCCUUGUCACUAGAAAGCGCUAUUGAGCAAGGAGUUGUAAAUAAGGAGACGGGCUACUUCACCGGAAAGUACACGAGAGAGACAAUGCCACUGAAGGAUGCCCUAUACAACGGAUAUAUUCAGAUUGGUGGAUGCCGUCCACAUACGAUGAUUGCAAUCACCCUAUCUGAUUGUCUUGAAACAGGCCUAAUUGAUGGUUACGCCGGUGAAUUUCUGGACAAACAUAGCGGCGAAAAAAUUACCUUACGCGAAGCUGUUUCGAAACAAUCUGCACUCUUAAAUUUGCAUGUUCCAGAAAUUGUGAAAACGGAUGAAAAUCGGCGUAUUACUUUAGGUGAAGCAAUUGUACGUAAUGCAGUAAAUACUCGUCAAGGCAAUUUUAAUGAUUUGCAAAAAAGUCAAUCUCUUACACUUCAAGAAGCUUUUUCAAAAGAUCUCAUACAGAAACCCCUGACGCUUACAGAGAUUAGUCAGAAAGAUUUGAUCGAUUCAACAAAUAAAUUCAUAGAUGGAGGCACCAAAAGUCGUUUCACAUUAUUAGAAGCAAUUGCCGUUGGUUUAUUAGAUCCGGACAUACGUCAUAUUGUCGAUCCUGAUGAAAAAGAUGUGGUUUCCAUUGCAGAAGCUUUAGAGCGAGGAUUACUGGAAUCUGAUGGUAAAAUUGUUCUUCAAAAGCAGCAAAAAGUUUUUUCUGUAAAUGAAGCAGUCAGCGAUGGAUUAUUGAUCAAACGUGUACGACAUUCUAUUUUUAAUGUGAAAGGUAUCAAGAAUACGAAGACAAAAGAAAAUUUGACUUUUAAUGAGGCGGUAGAUUGUGGUAUAAUUAUACUGCAAGCUGAAAGAAUUGUCGACUUUGCUACAAAUAAAAGUUUCCUUAUAACUGACUGUAUGGACAAAGAUUUAUUGGAUCCUAUGCUUUUCGAACUCUUAACGACAUCGUUGGGUAUCAGAAAUGGUCCAAGACAAGAUAUGACGGUUAUUCGUGCUGUAGCAAAGGGAUUUAUUGAUCCUCAAAAAGGUGUUUACGUUGAUAAACAGACGAAUAGGGAAUUAUCUCCGAAACAAGCGUAUGAUAAUGGAUUGUUAACUCUUAAAGGAGCUUUACAAUUAUCAGCGAUGCUUGAUAUUCAUCCUUCUCUGGUAACACCAGUCAAGAAAAUUGAUCAUAAGAAGCGAAUUAGACGACCGGGGCAAAGAGAAGAUACAACAACGGAUGAAGUGAAGGUAACAUUGGCAGAAGCUAUGAGGCAAGGUUUAGUCGAUUCGCGCACACAUCGUUUCCGUCAGGGUGAUACUGAGAUGAGUUUUGAAGAGGCAUUAAAGCAAGGAUUAAUCCAUCCAUCUGACGAAUGGAUAAUUCCGUCUAAAACAGGUGCUGGUCCUACUGUGGAGGAGAAGAUAACUGAAUCUGUAACUGAAACGGCUCAACAAUUAGCGCCAAAAUUUUAUCCAGAUAAAAAUAUUGAGGAAACUGUAACAACUAUUAGGAAAGUGAAAAAAACAGAAACAACAGCAUUGGGCGGUCCAGGUGGUGUGUCAGUUUAUCGCGCAGUUGCUGGUAGUAAAGAUUCAUUUGAAAUACCAGCUGAAGGUUAUCAUAUUCUGGACGCAGAACGUAAAGAUUAUGUAAAUCUUAAGACAGGAACUGUUUCUCUACCAAAUUUAAAUCGUUCGCUAACUUUACAAGAGGCAUUUCAAUUGGGCGUUCUUGACAGUAAAAGUGUUACUGUUGUAGAUCCAUCAACUGGCAGUCACAUUCCCAUUAUAGAAGCAAUGAAUAAAAUAAUUGAUAAAAACGGUUUUAUGAAAAGGAACGGUCAAAUGAUUAAUUUCGAAACGCUAAUUAAUGACAAGAUAGUGCUAGUGGAGGCUGAGGCACCAGUUGGAACAGGAAGUUCGAUGAAGAAAGUGAUGCAGUUUUCGCCAGGUUCUGAAGCAGUCAUAAGUUUUCGUCCAAUUGGAACUCCAACUGUGGAAGAAACAGAACAAUCGUGGACAUUUGAUUCAGGUAGAGGUGAACUGAUUGAUCAUGUUACUGGUGAACGACUUACUCUUGAUGCAGCUUUUGCUUUUGGUAAAAUUAGCCGUGAGGAUUUACGUGUCUUCGAUACUUUAACUGCACGUGAGAUGUCAUUUGAAGAGGCUGAAAAGUGGGGUGUUAUCGAUGAGAAAAGUCGUUAUUAUUUGGAUAAACGAGAGAAUAAACGAUAUUCUUUGGCUCAAGCGGCUUUACAGCAUCGUAUUUUUCCAACAGGUGGUGUACCUGAAAAUGCUUCUGAUGCAAUCCAUACCACUUAUAAAAUACAAAAGCGAAGUGAAUUAUCAAAAAAAGAAGCGCUAUUCGAUGGGCCUUCAGAAUAUACGGAGCAAACGUUAAUGAAUGCGCUGGAUUCAGAUUGGUACAAUGCGCAAAGCGGUGUGUUUAUUGAUCCUCAAACAAAGAAGCAAAUGUCUUUGAAAGAGUCAAUAAUUAAAGGAUUGUUCAAUCCAUAUGGUACGACUGUAUUGGAUAAACGCCGAAUGCGUGAACUAUCACUUCUAGAAGCGAUAGAUGAAAAUAUUAUUAAUGAUAGGGAAGGAACGGUGUUAGAUACAGAAACAGGGAAAUUUAUUGAUCUAAAAACAGCUCAUUCACAAGGCCUUUUGAGAAGCAAAGGUUUACCGUGCAGUCUAGAAAGAACUUCGAUAUCUGGAAAGCUUGAUCCGUCUACAGGUCGACUGUCAAUCCCAACUGGAGAUAAUGCCAAAAUUUCAGAUGCGAUUGAAACUAAACUUAUCGACAGGCAGAGUAUCAUUUUCCAUGAUCCAACAACAGGUGAACAAUUACCUGAAAUAAUGACCUUUCCUCAGGCUCUUACUAGUGGUGCAUUAAUUGAUUCUGGUUCAAGAACAUUUACUCCACAGAAACCUCAAUCAACACGUUUAGUAGAGCGAAAAUUGCAGCUUACUCCUUACGCGCCAGAACGUGCGGAAAAAUCCACAGUUGCUGUUAUGGAACAGCGUAGUUUAGGUGCAGGACGUCAAGAGAUAGUUGAUUUAGGUGGUGGAAAACAGGUGAUGGUAAAAGUUAUACGUGGAGAAGGAGGUGUUGAGAAAGGUGAAUAUGUUGAUCCAUCAUCUGGGAUGAAAUUUACAAUUCAACUGCAUGGUGAUCCAUACAUGACUGAAGCAAAAACUGUGGUAAAAAGUACCGCACAAAUGCAGUCUAUUCAGUUGGAACCACAUGCUGAAUUUGUUGGUAUUGAUAAGAUAAGAGAUAAAAGAAAUGGUCGUAUCAUGUCAUUGCAAGAUGCUCAACGAAUUGGUAUUGCACGCAUUGAUAAAAAAGGAAAGCAGAUGACGAAGACAUAUUCAGUUUUUAGAUCGAACAUUCAAAAUGCUGUCGCAAGAGGUAUAGUUGAUGCUCGUGGUGAAAAGUUAAGUUUGGAAGAUGCUGUUCGAGCAACGUUAAUUGAUUUACAAAGCUUAACUUAUCUCAAUCCAAAAACUGGUGAUGCUCUAACAUUAGCACAAGCGGCAAAUAUGGGUCUUGUGGAUGUUACCUUAUCGGAAACAUUACCAAAAGGUGUAUCGCACCCAGCAAAUGGGGAAAGGAUAUCAGUACAAAGAGCGAUAGAACUUGGUAUUGUAAAUCCGAAAACCGGUGAAGUGAAGAAUCCGUUCACUAAUGAGAAAUUAGCUUGGUUAGAUAUUAUGAAACCUGUAUAUACAAGUCUUACGAUGGAAGGAGUUUAUGAUCCAACAAAAGGAUAUGGGGUACCAAUUCUAACCGCUCUCACCGAAGGUCUUAUUGAUGCUAAUACAGGACAAUAUUCAAAUAUUAUUACAGCAGAGAUAAUAACGCUGAAGGAUGCUUCUAAUAAAGGUUUAAUUGAUGCUGAAACUUAUAAAGCUAUCACAGAACCAUUUCUGUUGGAUUAUCGUACAAAAAGAAAACUUAAUCUGAUUGAGGCUGUUCAGAAUAAACUAGUGGAUCCAAGAAAUAAAACUGUUCAAUUUGAUGAACAAAUUAUUAUGCCUGUUUCACGUGCUACUGCAGAAGGUAAAAUACCGUUAUUUAUUGGUGAGAAAUUGAAACGUAUUGAUAAAAUGACAUUUGCCGAAGCAUUAAGCAAAGGUAUGAUUGAUGUUGCACAAAAUCGAUUUACUGAUUCUGAUUCGGGAAGGCAGAUGUCGAUUAAUCAGGCAAUAGAGGAAGGAUACAUUGAUACCGGUAAUAUUGAAUCUCUGGAAGACUCAAAUGAGCGAAAUCUGGCAAAUAUAUUGUCCACAGAACAAUUUGAUGAGAUUUCCGGACGAAUACGGGAUAAAAAAUCAGGCCUUUACUUAACUUUCAAAUCCGCUGUUGAUCGUGAUGUUAUUGAUGGUGAUUCUUUGUUGCAUGAUCUAGAAUCGAGCCAUACAAUGACAGUAAAAGAAGCAUUGAAUCAGGGACUUAUCGAUUCAGAUGGCAGAUAUAUCCACAAACGUGCUGGAGUUAAAAUUACACUUAAGGAUGCCGUAGCAAAAGGUCUGAUCGCUCUGAUUGCAUCUCCUAUGCAAGCUGCUCAAGCGGUCGCAGAAGCCGUGAAACUUCGCGAUACUGAAGGUUAUAGGUUCAAGUUGGAGUCAGUUGAUGAACGAAAAAUUGGAAGUGAAACACCACGCUAUAGAGAAGAGAUAAUAAUCGGAAAGCUUCCGCCAUCUCAUCGUCCUGAACCUAGUCUCUCACGUCGAGUUCGGUCGAUCUCAGAAGCAUCACGAGGAAGUAGAGGAAAAAGCCUAAUUGAUGAUCCUCAAGCUAUGGCUGAUUUGCAGCAUGAGUUUUUAGAUAAUCUACGAGGACGUGGUUUUGAUGUUGAAGAAAAAGUUAUCGAGCAUCCAGACGGUGGUGCACGAGUUUCCAUUCGUGAGGCAGCGGAAAGUGGCCUGCUAGAUGUUAUCACUGGUGACAUUGUUCAUCCAACAAGUGGCCGACGAUAUUCGAUUCCACGAGCAUUGCAUAUGAAAAUGAUGACUCCUGAUGCAGCCAAACGGAUGAUGGAAACAUUAAAUAUCUCUGUAGAGGAUUUAGGACAUACGCCACUAAUUGAGUCUGUUAGCGUUAGUCCUUCAGAAUCCGGUGUUAAAGUUUACACGAAAACUAUCAAUUGGCGCGGUCAACCAUCUGAAUUACGACAAACAAUUACUGAUCCACUUGCCCCAUAUACAACCUAUGCAUCAUCAACAUCAUCCACAACGAUACGAACUUCCGAUGUGUUCCCUCAGUAA